CUCCGCGACGAGCGAAAUUCAGUGCUCGGCCCGCAACCGUGUCGCACCGCCCCCAAUCGCUUCGACGCUCCGUGCGAUCGUCGUCGCGUGGUGAACGAGCGUGUUAGCCAGCGAUUAGCGAUCGCUAUCGAAUUAAACGGUCUUGUUCGAAUUAUAAUUUUUAACAAGGAUAAUUUCCAAUAAUUAAAUUCAAAUAAUAAAAAGCGCGAGAGACCGGGCGAUUAUGUUCGGGACGACUCUUUGGUAUCGCAAGGACGGUGGAAACGAUCUCGAUUCGCGAUCGGUAACGUGAAGAAGAGCGAGCAAGAGACACACGGGCACGAGUGACGAAGCACAGACGAGUGGCGGCGAGUGGCAGACGAGUGUGACACGGCAUUAUGCCAACGAUCGGCGUGAUCCCGCGGGUGCUUCACGAAGGAUCGCGAAUAGAGAGCGAUCGUUCGGAUCGGAUGGUGGUGAGCAGGUCGUUAUCGGGCGCGUGAAUUAGAUCGAGAGAUGUGCGCCAAGUGAAAGAUGGCCCCGUUCCACGGCAUGGCCCUGCUGCUCCUGGGAAUCGGAUACCUGUUACACGCGGAACCACUUCACAGCGAACGCGGCAUCGCGCUCUUUCAUCUCAACGACGACACGUUCGGCAAAGGAGAGAAGUCGCAGCGUGGCACAAAGAAGACCUAUUUUUUCAAAGACACGCCACAAAAAUUAACGGUGGCCAUAGGGCAGGCCGCCGUCUUAUUAUGCCGUGUUAAAAACCUAGGAAACAGAACUGUGUCUUGGAUCCGAAAAAGGGACCUACACAUCCUGACGUCCAUGUCGGUGACUUACACGAGCGACGCGAGAUUUACGGUAGUCGGCAAUCCGGAGACCGACGACUGGAAUCUGCGAAUAGAUUACGUGCAACCGCGGGACGCCGGCAUUUACGAGUGUCAGGUUAAUACAGAACCGAAGAUAUAUAGAGCCGUGGCACUGAAGGUUUUGGAUAUACAGGCGAGGAUCACGGGUUCCCAGGAGUUAUACAUCAGGAAGGGUAGCACAAUCAGCUUGACCUGCAUCAUUGAACUGCAGGAUCUGCCUCCGAGCAACGUGACCUGGUAUCAUGCCGGAGUGGUGAUCGAUUUCGACGGUCCAAGGGGUGGCGUAUCGCUGGAAACGGAGAAGGGUAAGCUUGGUACCACCAGCAAGCUCCUAAUAACGCGUGCUCAACUCGACGAUAGUGGUAAUUAUACAUGCGCUUCGAGUAAAGUCACCCCGGCGAGCGUCAUGGUGCACGUGCUAAACGGUGAGCAAAAUACCGGUGGUAAUAUCGGUAAGGGUGGCAGUUGCGAUGAGGAGAUUGCAAUGGCUCAUUUCGAAAUUCUCCGCUUCGCGAUCGAGCGAGCGAGCGAGCGAGAGAGGAGGCGUAUAAUAUAGUACUACAUUGCGAAAUUACUCCCCGAGCGUGCUUCGCGAUAAGGAUAUACAUUUGUUUUAAUUUACACUCGCAAUCUGCUCUCACAGAUUUUCCGUGCUUCCUCUCUCUCUCUCUCUCUCUCUUUUUUUAUUCAUUACAUUAUUAUAUUUGGUAUAAACAAUGCGAUCUCUACAUUAAAAUAUCAAUUAUGUAACUGCUAACAAUUGUUUAAUGUUGCGACGAAGCAAAGCACAAUUUUCAUAUAAUAUGACGUUUAAUAAUAAUAUGUUCGCUCGAUCGCUGCUGCAAUAAAUAGUAUGCAUAUUGUAAAAGAGCCCGGAACGCAAAUUAUCCAACGAUAAUAUCGACACUUGAGAGAAACAACUGACCUACUUGCAAAACGAUUUUUCUCGUCUCUCUUUCUCGGGGAUGACGAUCGACGAGCCUUAAAUCCUCGAGGAUCCCUUGAUGCGCGAUGCUCUUUGCUUCCUUUGGUUUCACGUGGCCGUGACGGGCCGUUAACAAAUUUAAUGUUCGUUAGCGAGCAUCCGAGAAAGACUGACGAGAUCGGGACGCGCAAAGACGCGAAGCCGAGAAGCGGCACAAAAGCGACACCUUAGUCGUCCGGUGUAAUUCUCUUUUCCAGGGGAGCAUCCCGCUGCGAUGCAGCACGGCGGCACCGGCGAUGUAAAUAGGAGACUCAUCCUGCUCGUCCUGAUUUUCCUCGUCGAUACAAUGUUUCGAUGAGCGACUAGCCGCCAAAUUCUCUUGCGAAUUCCUCUCCCGAAUUCGUCCCCCGAGGCGUCCGCCACAUGGAUGCACGCUCCGACGGAGAUGGAUCGAUGAUACCGCGUGUGUCCGGUGUAUGGUGUAUGAUUUGCAGUAAAGUCCAAUUGUUCUUUCUUUCUCUCUCGCCGCUCGCGUGGACGUUUCGCGCGAUCGAUGUACGUGUUAACGCCAAUUCAGAAUCGUUCGUUUGACGGAUUUUGAUCGACUCCUUGGACUCUAAUAAUGAUCGCUCAAAUACCCCUGUCCGAAAUGUCAGUACGGAUGUAACGUGUAUGUAAUGUAAUAAAUCUUUUGAAGUUA